AUGCAUGGUUAUGGAUCGAUUACUCUUGAUGAUCCAUAUUCACUGUCAAAUAAUAUUAAUAAUAAUAAGCAAAAUUAUGAUGACGAUGAUGAUCAAGUAUUUGUAUCAGCACGAGCAGCUCAUUUUAUAUUUCCAUCAAUAGCUUUUAUGACUCCGGCAACUCGCUCAUAUGAAACCGUAAGUCAUGCUCCAAUAGAACGUCAAUUAUUUGGACGAAAACAUCAUUGGGAUACAUAUUUUGGUCGACGUCGAUAA